GUUAAAGAUAGGUCCCAGUCUGGAGACGGCUCCCAUCUGUUUCUUCUCUGUUAAGACACUCAAGAUGGCUUUCCCCUGCCGCAGGUCCCUGAACCCCAAGACUCUGGCCCUCCUUCUGGUGGGCGUGAGUUUCUUGGCCCUGCACACCUGGUUCCUCCAAGCCUCCAGGUCCCGGGAGGAGACGUGGGACGGCUCCACCGAGGCGCGGCCGGCGGCGCUGAGCGCAGGGGCCCCGUGCGUGGCCAACGACUCGGUGCGCGCCACGGCGGACUUCGAGCGGCUGCCGGCGCGCAUCCAGGACUUCCUGCGGUACCGCCACUGCCGCCACUUCCCGCUGCUCUGGGACGCGCCGGCCAAGUGCGCGGGCUCCCGCGGGGCCUUCCUGCUGCUGGCCGUCAAGUCGUCGCCCGCCAACUACGAGCGGCGCGAGCUCAUCCGCCGCACCUGGGGCCAGGAGCGCAGCUACGGCGGGCAGCAGGUGCGCCGCCUCUUCCUGCUGGGCACCGCGGCGCCGGGGGACGCGGACGCCGAGCGCGCGGGGCGGCUGGCGGCGCUGGUGGGGCUGGAGGCGCGCGAGCACCGCGACGUGCUGCAGUGGGCCUUCGCCGACACCUUCCUCAACCUCACGCUCAAGCACGUGCACCUGCUCGACUGGCUGGCGGAGCGCUGCCCGCACGCGCGCUUCCUGCUCAGCUGCGACGACGACGUGUUCGUGCACACCGCCAACGUGCUGCGCUUCCUGGGGGCGCAGCGGCCCGACCAGCACCUCUUCGCGGGGCAGCUCAUGGACGGCUCGGUGCCCAUCCGCGACAGCAGGAGCAAGUACUUCGUGCCCCCGCAGCUGUUCCCGGGGAGGGCCUACCCGGUGUACUGCAGCGGCGGCGGCUUCCUCCUGUCCAGGCACACGGUCGGGCUCCUGCGCGCCGCCGCCCGCCGCACCCCGCUCUUCCCCAUCGACGACGCCUACAUGGGCAUGUGUCUGGAGCGCAGCGGCCUGGCGCCCAGCAGCCACGAGGGCAUCCGGCCCUACGGCGUGCAGCUGCCCGGCGCCCGGCAGUCCUCCUUCGACCCCUGCCUGUACCGCGAGCUGCUGCUCGUGCACCGCUUCGCGCCCUACGAGAUGCUGCUCAUGUGGAGGGCCCUGCACGACCCGGGGCUGAGCUGUGCCCGGGGCCACAGGACCUCCUGA